GCUCCUGUUGAACGUCUCCAGGUUAUUGUGCUGCUGGACGGAGGAGUUGGGGAGAGAGCAAGAGUUUCGGGGAGGGAAACCUGACAACGGAAGAAAAUACUUUAUACGAUAGGUUUGUCACACUGAAGUAAAUCAUAUACUCAUAUUAUCAGUAAUUCUGAGUUGUUGUUUAUGGGAUUUAUCAAGGACACGGUCUAUCUUGACGCGGUUUGUGGUGCCGGAGUCUAGCGUUACUUGUUACCUUUCACGGAAAGCGACUGAUAACUUCAUGGCUUUGACAGUGACGGACCAAAGCAGCAAAUUAAACGGACCAUCGACAAUUUACAGUAGGAUUUGCACACGGAGAGAAGUCCAACACGGCAAAAGGAACACCGGUACGAUGCAACCUAAGGACACGGAAUACUCCACGGACGGUUUGCCCAAAGCGUUUCUACACAGUUUGCGGACACUGUUUGACAUACUGGACGAUGGGAAAAGAGGCUUUGUGCACAUCUCAGAGAUUGAGAGCCGAUGGCAGGGAGCGGACACGCGGGACUUGCCCGGCGGGGUCCUGGAGUGCUUGAGGCGGGUUACACCACCUCACGGUUGCCUGACGUUUGAGCGCUUCGUGGCGGGGCUCAGGUACUCGAUGCUCAACCCGGACAACCGCCACGUGAAGGCCCAGGCUGCUGUGCUCCCGCAACAGGCGCAUCCACAUCCUAAACAGCAUCUGGUACCGCCGCAGAAACCAGCGCCUCUCUCAUCGUGCAGCGUAGCGACACGGACCGAAAACAAAGUUCGUCCACUUGGUCCAAGCAACGGGAUCAAUAUACAGCACCGCGCAACGUCUCUUCAGAGCCGGUCCAGACACGAGGACGGCGGGACCGGAUACCCCACAGGUGGUCCCACGCGAUACAACAAUGUGGGUUUUGAGAGAACCGGUAGAAGUUUAGAACGGACUCCCAUCGUGCCUGAAAGCGGGAUAUACCGAACGGAGUCGGUUUGUGUUGGGAAACAGGCACACGCGCAGCAGUGCAGUGUCCGCUCCAUAGAGUCCCUCGCGCUCGAGGCUCCACAGCUCCAAAAACCAUGUGUAGCGGAGGCGGGGCUGCCAAGAUCUCAGAGCGAAUCAGCAACAGGAUUCACCGGCUCCAGACGACAUGGGCGGAGCCGGGACGAGCCGAGACGUCACACCAUCUCCAACGGAGUCGACUAUGGACUGCUGAAGAGGAUGAAGGAGCAGGAGCAGGAGAAGGACUCCCUGCUGGCAGGUCUGGAGGUGCUGGACCAGGCCAGGGACUGGUACCAGAGCCAGAUCCAGCACCUGGCGGAGAGGCAGAGGCUGGUGGGCCAGGGCAGCGCCUGCACGGAUUUGUUCACAGAAUCCAAUCAAAGCCGCAUGAAUGUUCUGAUUCCUAAGCUUCAGGAAGUCAACCGCUGCCUUAAUGACCUCAUUUCCUGUUCUGGAAUGUCGUUCCCCUCCUCCUGCUCCCACACUGCAGGUCUCUCCAGCAGUGCUCAGCCAACAGCCCCCGCCCUCCCUCAAGCCAUCCAGAGACUGAAGGACCAGAACCGCCUUCUCACCCAGGAGGUGACAGAUAAGAGUGAGAGGAUCACCCAGCUGGAGCAGGAGAAGUCCGCUCUGAUCAAGCAGCUGUUUGAGGCUCGUGCCCGCACCACCCACGACAGCAGCACCAUGGACUCCACUUUCAUCUGACCCCAUGACCCGGAAGUCACCACACUUCCGCCAGGAAGUGACCACUCCAAAACCAGAAACUGACAAUUCAACCAGGAACUGAGAUCACUCACACAGGAAGUGAUCACUCACACAGGAAGUGAUCACUCACACAGGAAGUGAUCACUCAUACAGGAUUCUGGAGUUCCAAUGCUCAUGCCACGCCACAGACCCCCCCCCCCCCCCCACUACAUCUUAAACACCUGAACACUCCUUCUAUAGACUCCUCCCCUUCCUGAACACUCCUUCUAUAGACUCCUCCCCUUCCUGAACACUCCUUUCAGGAAAGGAAGGGUCUAGACUCCUCCCCUUCCUGAACAUGUAUCCUAGGGAGGGGUCUAGGGGGUCGACCAUAUUCUUCCUGGCCUCCCAUUGGUCCAGCUGGAUAUCAGCUCUUCCAGGGGGAGGGGCCUCUCCUGGAACCAUGUGACCAGGUCCCUCCCUGGGAUCUGAUUGGAUCCAUGGAACUCGUCAAUCCUAGAAACGUUGUUUACGCUCCCUGCCCAGUAUAAGCUACCUGAUGACACACUUCAUCUAAAACCACCAGAGUCACUCCAGUCCCCACUGGGUCAGUGUGACCCUGGCGUGACCCCAGUCUGACCCUGGCCUGACCCCAGUCUGACCCUGGCGUGACCCCCUCAUCUGUGACACAGUUGACGGGGGGAUAUCUCACUGGAGCGAUACGUCACUUUUUCAAAUGUUUAUAAACACACAUUUGAUUUGCUGUGACUUCCACCUUCAACUUUUCAUUUUAUAUAACUAUAUAUAUAUAUAUAUAUAUAUACCUUCAUCUUCUUAGUACUUUGGAGCCACUCUUGCUCAACUAUACUCUACACAGGUAUUCUGGUAUGUGUACAGUUUGUAUAUGCUAGACGUUGUUUAAAGAGGAUGUCUUGAGAUGACGUUGGAUGUGUUUAUGAAACCUAGGAACCCUGGGGUAAGAGAGAUGAGGUGUCCAUUUAGAUGAGGGUUUCCUUUGAACCUGUCCUGUGAAGAUGUGUAUAAGGUUUAGGUCCUGAAAGGGCCUGCUGAUCGCUCCUAAACACAGUAAACAAGUAGAAGCAACUGCACGUUGCCCGGUCUGUGUGAAAUACACAAGCCCCGGAAGACUAGAGAUACCUCAAUUUCUAGUAAAUAGAAGAAGAAAAAAAAAGCAAGUAAAUCUAAUGGAAAUGAUUCGGCUUCACCUGUCGGACACACGACAAACAACCUAGAAGCCGUGGAGAUGUGGGGAGACGUGGGGAGAGUGUAGCAGAGAAGAUGGCAUGUUGAAGAAGAGAGGGGGGGGCUCAGGGGAGAGGUGUUCUUGGCUGAUAGAUGAAAGUGUCCUAAUCGUCUCCCCAGCGCUGGUCGUAAAGGACCAGAUCCGCAGACAUGCUCGUUCUUCCACUGGUCUUGUCUGGCAGCCAUCUUGUCAGAUUGACCUCCCAGUUUCCCCGCAUGAGGAACAAGUUUAAAGGUGCUGUUGGGCAUCUUCUCUCCAUGAUAGAUCGUGUUUACCGUUUACCAUUGUGGACAUUUUCCUGCUUUCCUCUUCCACUCAUGUAUUACAGGGUCUGCCAAGUACUCCAGCAGUGUUCCUACUGGGGUGUUAGAAAAUCUAAUCUAGUUUUUAGUUGCACAAAGAUUUCUUCAUUUAGAAAUCAUGUACCUUAUUUCAUGAACAUUCUGUACUUGUGGAGUUGGACUGUGCUCCGCCACAUGGCUUCAUCCUGUCUCUCUCCUCACCUGGCUGGGGAACAUUGCAUCAUAUUCAGCCUCUCGCUCACAUGUUGGUGUGGUGAGGUGUGUUGACUGUAGGUGUGUUUUAACAUGUUCAGCCCUUGAGUGUGUUUUUCCAUGAAGGAGAGGGAGAAGACUCAUUAGGCUCCGCGAGGAACAUCCUUGGAAUUGUUGUAAGAUCCAGAGGAGAUGAUGUCAUCAAUAGGGAUUUUUUUGGGCAGAACUUGUUGGCAGGGAAACCAACGGUGUGUGUGUGUGUGUCUCCGUGUGUGUAGAGAGAGACAGCCUAGGCAAAUCUGCUGACCUAUUCAGCCCUGUUGUACGAAUGAUUUGCCUGUAAUUAACUACACCAAAUUAUCCCCCACAGUACAGUUUAACACUGAACGAGUUGUGACUGCUUUUGUUUGCAAUUGUUGUUUUAUGAUCAAAUUAAAAGAACAAAAAAACUUUUACAAAGCUUAAUUGAACGUUGUGUGUAACAGCCAAGUAGACAACUGGACAAUGAGCAGGCUUGUUGUAGAAGACAGACCAGACC